AUGAAGCAUCUCAAAACACACACGGUGUCCUCGGAAGCGCGCCAUGUUGGCACGGUCCCAGCGGCGCGCGCGGGACAGCCAGUCGUGCGCGCGCCGCAGCGCCUGUGCACGGCGAGCGCGGUGCCUCAGCAGCAAUCGUCCCGGCAGCAGCAGGAUCAGCAGCCGCUGAGGCUGCAGGAGCAGUAUGCGCCUGCCACCUCCAUGUUGAGUGCUGAUGCGGCGCUAACGCGGCGCAUGACGCUUGGCCUCGUCGCGGCAGCACCUGGACUCCUGGCCGCCCUGGACGCGCGGGCUGUGCAGGGGCUGACUGCCGGGCGCAUCCCUGGCGUGUCAGCCGAGCCCGACAGCGAGGGCUUCUACACCUAUUCGCGCCCUGAGGGCAAGUCAGGCUGGAGCGAGAUCCCGCGAUACAGCUUCAAGGUGCCCGCGGGCUGGGACGAGACCCCGGUGUCCAUCGCUGACCUGGGAGGCGCAGAGAUCGACCUUCGUUUUGGGGAGCGGCAGCAGGGCAACCUCGUCGUGGUGGUGGCCCCAGUGGCGCGGUUCGCCGACAUCGGAUUCAACGCAGAUGUGCGCAUUGAGGAUCUGGGCCCCCCAGACCGCAUCAUUGCCGGCUUUGCCCCCGAGCUCUACGGCCGCCCCCUGGACGAGGGGGACGUGCUGGAGCAGGCCGUGGUGACCAGGGGCGGCCUGAGCUACUACCAGUGGGCGGUCAAGCCCCACAGGCUGGUGUCUGCGACCGCGGUGGGCAACCGGCUGUUCCUCAUAUCGGUGGCCACCCCCACCGCCCGCCAGUGGCGCAAAUACGAGCGCGAGCUGCGGGUCAUCCAGGAGUCCUUCACGGUGCCAGGCGGAUCGGCGUGA